AUGUUCUUCCAGUCGUUGGUUUUGUCUUCCCUGCUGGGGAUUGCGCGGGCAGCCGAUUACUCUGGAAGUCUUCGGCCUCAGGUCCAUUUCUCUCCUCCUAGCAAUUUCAUGAACGAUCCAAAUGGUCUUUUCUUUGACAGUCAACGGGGGACAUAUCACCUGUACUAUCAAUACAACCCUUUCGAGCCGGUGGCGGGUAAUCAGCACUGGGGCCAUGCGACCAGCCAAGAUUUGUACCACUGGACAAACCAACCCAUCGCUAUAUCUCCUAGCAGCCCCGACGAGGGUAUCUUCUCAGGGUCAGCAGUGGUAGACAGCGAAAACACGUCCGGGUUUUUUCCGAAUCAAACCGAUGGCGUGGUCGCCAUCUACACCGUGGAUACACAGGACUCCGAGACACAACACAUUGCGUAUUCCACGGAUGGCGGCUACAGGUUCACCAAAUAUCAGCGUAAUCCGGUUAUCAACAGCACAUCGAAACAAUUCCGCGACCCUCAGGUGACUUGGCAUGCCGAAACCCAGAACUGGGUCAUGGCCAUCGCAUACGCCGAGGACCUGGUCAUUGGCUUUUACACGUCGCCCAAUCUCCGGGACUGGGCUCAUGCCUCGAACUUCACACAGCCCGGCCUGCCGGGAACGCAAUUUGAAUGUCCAAACCUGGUCAAAUUUUCCGUGGACCAGACGUCGGGCGAAGAUAGCAAACACGUGCUGUUUAUCUCGGUCAAUCCCGGAGCCCCGCUUGGCGGAUCGGGCACUUACUAUCUGGUCGGUGAUUUCAACGGAACGCACUUCACGACCGAAGAUGAGCACGAAACUCUGUAUGAUUUCGCCAAAGACAAUUACGCCGCGCAGUGGUACUCUGGUCUUUCAGCAACAUCUCCCGUCUCGAUCAUCUGGGCCAGCAAUUGGGACUACACCGACAAGGUCCCCACUGGCCCGCUUGAGGGAUGGAGAAGCUCCACUGGCUUGCCACGAGUGCAUACCCUUAUCAAUCUCGAUGGAAGGUGGACCGUCACUCAGGCUCCUUUCGAAGAUCUCUCGCCCGUAAGAGGGGGGCGACUCGCUGAAGAGAGUUUCGGGAAUGACGAGGCAAGCGUGAAGUUCACCGACGUGUCGUCCAACGCGAUCUCAUUCAACGUGACUAUCGACGGUAUCGUGGCGACCGACCCGGCUGGGAAGGUAAACUUCAACUUCACCUCGUCCGCGUCGGGCGAGUAUCUCGAUGGCGGAGUGGUUCUCGACACCGGUCGCUUCUGGAUCAAUCGAGCGGGUACUCAUGGGUUCACCAGCGCGGACAAUGCCGACUUCACAUCCAUUUUCAACACCACCGUCUCGUCCUUGGAUGGCGGAUCGUUCAGCUUUGGUGGGGUGAUUGAUCGGUCGGUCUUCGAGGUCUUUCUCGAGCAGGGGGUCCAGGGAGGAACUAUGACAUUCUUCCCUACCGCCCCUCUGGAUACGUUGACAGUUUCUGCGGAGGGUCUUGGUGAAGACACUAGCGUUAGUCUGGAUGUCUGGGGUCUUAAGAGCGGUUGGGAGAAAUGA